AUGACUGAGAUGGUACGGGAUGAAAACCGUCAGCUGUUGCAGGAUCGAGAUAUCUUGGAAAAUAAGAAUAAAUCACUCUGUAACGAUUUCAUACAAACCCAUGCAAGUCAAAGGGACUUGAAGGAGGAUGACAAGACUUGGAUGUACCGAGACGUUACUACAAGAGAGGGAGAGUCUAAGGAUGUAAGGAAUACGGUACUUUAUUCAAAACAAACAACCAUCGAGGUGGACAAUUUGUUACAGAGUUGUAAACUUUGGCAGGAUACAUUAGCAUCAUGGAGUCAUGAAUUAGCAAGGAAAGUGAAACAAAGAGAGUUGUACGAGGUGAAGGACGUCGUGAAGAACCUUGUGACCAAAGUUGAGAUAAAAACGUUACAGGACGAAUUAAAGAUCAACCAGAUGGAGCUGCACUGGGCCUUUUGGCUCCAGAAUGACGCGGUGAAUGGCUUGAAGGAGAUUUAUAAGGACGCGCAAGACACUGAUGUGUUUGAAGCAAUGGAGAAGCAAUUGAUGAACGACCGAGUAGUGGAGUUGGAGACACAGUUGGGUCAGAAACGAGCCCUGGAGAAGGAAAAGGAGAUGGAAUUGUCGUCGUUGAGAGCAGAUCAGGAACAGCUUAUACAAUCGAGUCGCGCGGUGCUUCAUAAAGAGUUUGAGACGUUGGUAGCGGUAAAAAAAGCGAUGGAUGCGGAAUUGAAGCAGCUGAAAGAAAAGGUGAAGGAACAAACGCAAAUGUUAGCGUAUGUGGACGAAGAGCGUGCAAACUUACAGCUACAUGACCAGAAGCUGGUAGAGGAGACACGCCAGCUGCGCGAAGAUAUGGAGACAAGAGAGUUGAAGGCUAUGCAGCAAUAUGUGACGCAGGAGGAAGAAAUCAAGAAAUUGCACGAUAUGUUACAGGUUGGUAAAAAUAGAGAGGCGGAGACCACUGCAGCGUUGGCAAGGGCUGAACAAAUGAUGAAACAGCGCAAGGAAGAGCUUAAGAUUCUUUACAUGAAGUUCAGCUCGGCGAUGGAUUCUGUGUCCGAGAAGACGAUGCGGCUAGAAGAGCUAGAGCAGGAGCUGAAAAAUUUACAGGGUAAUCGCAAUAGAAACGAACAGCUUGAAAAGCAGGUUGCUCAGCUACAGCAAGAAAAGGCAGAAUUGUCAGCCGCUCGACAUUGCGAAAAAAAUGACAUGAGCGAGGAACUGGUUAUAGUGCAGAAGCAACUGAUGGAGUCGAAAGAAUUGGCGUCGCAACAGAAGGAAUUGACCAGCAAGUUGCAGUGUGAGAUCACGGUGUUGAAAAGUCAGAAUGAAGCCUUAAAGAAGCAGCAGGUUAAGCAAGAACAUCAGAGCGUUGGACAACCGUCAAAGGAAUGCGACAAUCGAAACAUAGAUAUUGAUAGUGAUCUGGUGGUCCAUGUUGCCGAGAAAGAAGCGUUGCAGAUGUUUGUGCAACGAUACUAUCCUGUCGCAGAAGAGAAGUGCAGCAGAUUAUUCGAGAAGGUCAGUAAGCUGGAGUUGCAAUUCAAGCAAACACAAGAUCAGACCAAAGAGGCAUGCAGCUUACUGCGCAUGUGUACGCAGAUUGACGCCUGCGAUGAAUCUGUCCGCGCUUCGCUACUUGACGUUAUGGCUACGCUAGAAGGUUUGACAUGA